AUGUCUUCAAACUCAGAAUACCCCGUUGUCGCCAUCGUCCAGGGUGCUUGGCACCGCGCAAGCCACUACAAAGCAUUUGCCGACGCACUAACAAGCAAAGGCUUCACCGUCAUCCAACCUGACAACGUCACAGCUGGAGAUCCUGAGGAAAUCAAGGGCAAGACUCAUCUGGACGAUGUUAAAGCUAUCCACAAAGCUCUACAACCUUCCCUCGAUGAAGGAAAGCGCAUCAUCCUGCUCUGCCAUAGCUACGGUGGUAUCCCAGGGUCUGCCGCUACGGAAGGCUACCAGGUCCAUGAGCGGGAGAAGGGCCUGUCUGGUGGUAUCUCACACGUCAUAUUCGUCACGGCGUUUGCGUUUCCUGUGAAGGGCCUUUCCCUUCUAGCAGCCAUUGGAGGAACACAUGCGCCCAUCGUAGAUAGAACUGAGGAUAUCUGUUACCUGAACGAUAAGACAAAGGAUACUUUCUACCACGACACCACCCCCGAAAUAGCUGACAAGGCAGUCAGCGACUGCGUCCCGCAAAGCACAGCCAGUCUUGAAACACCCUCGGAGUUUGUGGCAACUGAUAUCUCGGUGCCGAGGACAUAUGUUGUCUGUGAGAUUGAUCGUUGUAUUCCGGUGCAGGGACAGUUGGCUAUGGCGGGGGCAAUGGGUGAUGGUGUUAGUGUGGAGAGGAUCAGUGCUGGACAUGUUCCGUUUUUGAAUGAGGAAGCUCUUCCGAAGAUUGUUGAGAUUGUUGAGAGAAUUGCACAGUAA